AUGCCGCCUUUUAUCAACUGUGCAGACUCGAGUAUUGUUAUGGCAGAGCAGAGCGGCCGCGAUGUGGUAGAUCAGACCCUGUCGGGCGGCGAGCCUUCGCCUUCCGACGUUCCUGCGAGCACUAACGACAAGCCAUCUGCUGGAGGGGACGUGGGGGAGACCAGACAUAUCGCAUCGACCUUGGAACCACAACUAUCAACUGACCAGCAACCGAUCGACAUCGAGACGAGAAACACGCCUGAUUCGCAGGCCGGGAGGACUGAAGGUGAUAAGCAUACCGAAGGCUCAUCUAUGGAUAUUUCAAAGCAGGGUACGGGUUUCGUGGCAUCCAGAGUCCUCGAACUGAAUGGGGUAGCGUCGGCAUCCGAUGGCGGGGACGACACUGCUUCACUUGGCGGCUCGGAGUCAGAUGCCAGCCGGACUGAUGGAAGACAUCACAAUCGGACUGGCUCAGUCAAACGACCUGCAACGUUCAAGCCUGUUUCCUUCGCCAAAUUUACCGUACCAAAGACUCCCGGGGCAGCUGCACCGCCCAAGGCGCCCGAGAAAGUCCCAUCAACAUCAACUACUCCCCUUGGUACGCCGCAACCAAGUUCACGACCACGCUUAGUUGCAAAGACCACGGCUGGCAUGCGAGAUUCAUUUUCCAAGACUGGUGCAGGUGGUGGCAAGGCUGAUGGAUCGGGGCCUGACCCGAACCAAGUUUGGAAUAAGAACCGACCCGUCCAGCCUACACCCCCGAAGCACUUGACCGACGAAGAGUUGAAACAACAAUAUGGCAUACACAUGACUUCUCGGAUUCAAGAAGAUGGGGGAGGUACCGAGGCGAAAUGGGCCGAUAUUGACGAUGACGAGGACGAUUGGGCCCCUGAGACGAUUGAGUGGACAGACGGCACAAAGGUCACGCUUACCCACACGGAGCCUGCGCCCUUAGCAGAUCAAAGCAAUGAAGAAACGAAAGAUCUCCCGCCCCCGGAGCAGAUAGCGAUGAAGGAUCCGAUCAAGAUUGCGGCACCCAAGCCAACAACGUCGGUUGGGCCGAAUCCUACGGUGCUUCGCCUCGGGGCGAGCGCCGAACGGCAAGCCAAGGCUGCUAGCAUCUCUUCUAAAGGAACCAACGAUCGCGUGCCAUCGGGAUCUACAAGUCCAGCCCCCCCGCCGGCCAAGUCUCCUUGGGCCGCUUUACCCCCGUCGAAAGGGUAUCUCCAGUCAACCCACCAGUUCAUAUUCAUUCGCAACACCCUCGAGGAGAUUGCUGCGGACGAUUUCAAUCGCCAAUGGAGAGAGCCUGCUCCUGGGGCUCCUCGAGAGCUGUACAACUCUCGUUCAGGUCGGUAUGAGCCUGUGGCAGAUACUCGUCGAGGGUCUUGGCGCCACGACCAGGGCCCUCGUCCUGCUGUCCUCCAACGGCAAAAUAAUGUUGAUACUGCUGGACCAGCGGAGCCAUCUGCUGCAUUCCAGACACAUCGUUCAAGCCACCAGGACGGUAUGGGUUGGAACCGCCGCCGCACAUCGUCGAAUGUCAGUGGCGGUAGUGGUGGAUUCGGUCGUCGCAUGUCAUUUGGGAAGAAUGAUAUGCCGCCAAGAUAUGUGGAAGCUCGACGAGGCUCUCAGACCAACGGCAUAAUGGACCCGGCUCUGAUGGGCCGAGAACCUGGUCAAUUUCAGGAACAUUCUCCUAGUCAGCAGCACGUUGGACCCAACUGGGCCCCGCAUCCAUCUGCUAGUGCAAGUGAUGGCUUAGCUGUCGAGAAACCGUCAGUGCCGACCGCGGUGCCGGACGUGCCUCAGGAAGAUCCUGUUGUACUGCAAGAACGUAUCAUGAAGGAGAAGCGCCUUGAAGCUCGGCAGCGCCGUAUUGAGCAAGAAGAAAAGGAGAAGGCUGCAAAGGAGGAGAGGAUUCGGCAGAAACUGGCGGCUUUGGGCCCAGCUCCGGAUAAGGGCCAGCGCAAAGAUGGCGAUGAUAGCCGCAAACCUCAGACUCCCUCAACUUCGAAUGCAACGGUGGUCAGCUCUCCCCCUAAACCACCAGUUCCCGAACCAACCGGUGAACCAAAGCAAUACGGAAUGAUGAAAGUUCACCAUCCAGAUGCAGUCAAGAAACUCGUUGCCGCAAACGAGAGAGAUCGAGCGGCAGAGAAACAUUCAGAGAAACUCUCAACAUCUCAGAUGCGUCGAGGUCCUCCAUCUCCUCGUGAACAGAAACGCGAGCCUGCUUCCACGAGCGCUGCCAAACAGCAGAAUGAACCUGUGCCGCAGGAUGGCAAGACCGAUGAGCACGGUGGGCAGUGGCGUGGAAACCUCAGCGUCUCCUCGAAUUACACCCCAUGGCCAACUAAUAACACCAACCUUCCAACAACAUCACCAACUGUCAAGAAUCCAUGGAAGCCCCUGAGUAGUGAUAGAACUCUUGGCAACGGUAUUUUUGAACAGAGCCUAGGGGGAUUCGCUUCGCGGGAGCUUCCUUUGCGGAGCCAGUUGGGACUUGAUCCAGCACAAAUCCCACCGCCGGCAUUUUCAGGCGUUCAAGAAUCUACCUCGAUACCUCCUCUGCCGUCGCCGGAGACCAGAAAUGCACCCCAUGACCCAUUGAGUCCUAUUGGACGGCCAGGUCCCAUUGGACCUCCGAGCUCACAACAGUCUCAAUGGCAACCAGAAGGUCAUAACCAGGGUGUUUUGGGAGCAUCUUGGAGUAACUUCCAUAUUGUUGCGGCUCAGCAGGCACGCGCACAGCAAGAGCAAGCACGCCAAGAGUUCAAUACAAACCUGGACAAACCAAAUCCAAUUGCCGCUUCUCUCAAGGAGACCUGGAAGCCAACACGGGGUGGAGAAGAUGCGUCCCAGCGGAACAUUAUUGGAACUCCUCAUGGAAUGGUCAACAAGAACAGCAAUGGUUCCCCUUCUAAUACAUUGACUGGCUUGGAUGCUCCCGUGGAUGGUCUUCCGUUCUCCGACAAUCAUGCUCGUCCUCUCACCAGCGUUCCUGCGCGUAGCUCGCGUUUCUUCCCUCAUGCCACUGAGCAGCCGAAACGUUCGACAGCAGAGAAGUACGAUUACCAGCGCAGUCCAUCGCCCCCGCCUCCAGAGGAGAUUUCAAGUCACCCUGUGUACUUUGGCGGAUCUGGACGGCCCUUGGUUCAUCUUCCCAAUCCUAAGCCCGUGGUGAAGCUGCCCCCUAAAGCUCUCGCUGCUCCAGUUCCUCCCCCUACCUUUGCUUCGAUGGCUGCUGCACCUCCACGAGGCCCACCGGCCCCUUCGACCGCAAUUUCUUGGCAGGAGAAGAUUAAUGGCCUCUUUGGCAAGAAGACACCUGUGGAAAAGAAAACUUCUUUGGCUGUUGCGUCUGCUACGAAAGAACCAUUGGUUGUUCAAUUACCUGCUGCUACUGUGUCUGUUUCGCUGCCUCAUAUCGAGAAUAUCUUCCAGAUUGGGGAUGGUCAUAUUGCUGUUCGACAGGUAGAAGAACAAGAUGAAAUCUUCGAGGACCGCGAGCCGGGCUCGCUGCCCAGCGUUCGAGUCCCAAACAUGGCUCCCGCGAAUGCCUGGGAUGCUGCACCCGCGCCUCCGCAGUCUCGUUUGCGUGCCAGGAUUCUUAGGCCGAUGCAAGUCCAUAGCAUUGAGCCGUAUCUGGUUGGAGUUGGUGAAAAGGACCAGUCGGGCAACAUUCGGGUAUUGAUCCGACUACCCGGAGCAGUUGCAGCAAAGACCAUCAAUCUUCCAAGGAAGGCCGGUGGUCCGAACGCAAGACAACGCGGCUCGCCCAGCUUCAAAUCACACAAGGGAGGCAAGCCCCGCGAAGCCUCUGGCAGCACCUCUAGAUCUAAGAAAUCAAAUUCUUCGCAGCAACAGCAGAGUGGAACCGCAUCGUCUUCUCCACGUCACCAGUCUCGAGGCGCAUCUUGGGGUCCUCGCUCCCUCAGUGGCUCACGCUAG